GCUUUGUGGUGCAUGCAGCGGAUCCCCCGGCAUCCGACGCGGGAGCAGGUUGGACGAACCCGCACGGCGACACCACCUCCGACCGCCACGUGUCGGUCAACUCCCGCUCACGAUCCAACCACCCCUGCGGCACGCAUUCCUGCGCAGCCGCGCUCCUUUGACAAAUUUCCCACAUUCUCUGUCUCUCUCUGUAUUCCCCUCUCCCCCUUCGCUUUUGCGGGCCAUUUCUAAUCUAUAUAUUUCGUGUAAUUUGCAUUUUGCUUGCGAGUGUGCUGAAACUUCCCCCGCUAAACUUUAGCUUCUGGACUGGUCUGCAAAAGAAAAAAAGGGAAAAAAAAGAAGAAGAAAUCCUUCUUCCCCCGCUAACAAAUCUGCGGCCCAGGAACUACAGGGUUGGCGGAGACCCCCUCACGGGUCAACGCCUAAGUGGGAAGAAGAGAAAUAAAAUAGAAAAAUAGAAAAAUCAAAAAAAAAAAGAGAGAGAAAAAGAAAAAGAAAAACCAAUUCCAACAUUUCAACUCCCACCCACUCCCUUAAGUCAACUCUCCUCCCAUCCUCCAUUCCUCCACCACCACCACCACCACCACCACAUCCCCUGUGUGUGUGUGUCUGUGUCUCUCUCUCUCUCUCUCUCUAAGCUAUUCUCUCUCCUUCUCUUCUUUCCCAGCACGAACCAAUAGCAAUAGCAAUAGCAAUAGCAAUAGGAUGGGCAACGGCUGCGCGAAGCUCACGCUCUGCUUCGCCGGGGGGCCGCGACAAAUCCGGCGCCGCCACGUGGCGCCGGCGGCCCUCCCCUCCGACCCCUGCGACGAGGGGUUCGGCCACUCCUUCUGCUACCUCCGCCCCGAGCCCCCCUCAGCGCCAACGCCUCCUCCUCCGGCGGCGGUGGUGGAAGAGGAGACGACGACGUUCCGCUCCAUCUCCGGCGCCGCCAUCAGCGCCAACGCCUCCACCCCGCUCUCCACCUCGCUCUUCCUCCUCCCCCCCGCCUCCUCCUCCUCCGACUCCGGCGUCGGCGGCGGCGGAGGUGCGUUCGAGAGCUCCGACUCAUUCUCCUCCGGCCCCCUCUCCGGCCCCAUCGCCGGCGACCGCGGCUUCCUCUCCGGCCCCAUCGAGCGCGGCUUCCUCUCCGGGCCCCUCGACCCCCGGGCCUCCUCCCCCACUUCCUCCUCCUCCUCCUCCACCCUCCUCCGCCGCAGCCUCUCCCACACAAUCCGCCUCCCCCGCCGCCGCCGCCUCCCCCGGCCCCCCCGCCCACUCGCCUCCGCAGCGUCCAUCCUCCGUGGCCUCUCCAACGCCAUCAUCUCCCGCGCCGUCCCCUCCUCCUCCGCCUUCGCCCCGAAGCGAUCCGACUCCGCCUCCCCCGAUCCCCAAACCCUAACCUUAACCCUCCCCCUCCAGUGGGCGCAGGGCAAGGCCGGCGAGGACAGGGUCCACGUCGUCGUCUCCGAGUCCCCGGACGACGCCCCGUCCGCCGACCCCUCCGGCGGCGGCGGCGGUGGCGGGGGCUGGGUCUUCGUCGGGAUCUACGACGGCUUCAACGGCCCCGACGCCACCGACUACCUCCUGUCCCACCUCUACACCGCCGUCCACCGCGAGCUCAGGGGCCUCCUCUGGGACGACGACGAGGGCGGCGGCGGCGGAGGUCAACGCCCGCCGGUCAACGCCGGGAAGCCGAGGAGAGCUAGUAGAGAUCUCUCCCGACCGUCCGAUCCCAGCCGGAGACCGAUCACGUCUAGCCACGUGGAGGUGUUGAAGGCCCUCUCCAAAGCGCUCAAGAAAACAGAGGAGGAGUAUUUGGACACCGCGGAUAAGAUGCUCGAUGAAAAUCCUGAGUUGGCCUUGAUGGGCUCGUGUGUUCUGGUGAUGGUCAUGAAGGGGGAGGAUGUGUAUCUCAUGAACGUCGGCGACAGCCGCGCCAUCUUGGCCUCGCAAUCGGAGCACGGAUCUCGAAGAUCGGCCGGUACGGGCCUCGAGCAGAUCAAUGAGGAGUUUUUGGAUGAUCUCGGAGGGUAUCUGCAUAGCUUGUCGGCGCGGCAGCUUACCUUGGAUCAUAGUACUUGUGUUGAAGAAGAAGUUCGCAGAAUAAGGAAUGAGCACCCUGACGAUUCUUCAGCCAUUGUCAAUGAUCGCGUGAAGGGCUCGCUGAAGGUGACAAGAGCUUUUGGUGCUGGCUUCCUGAAACAGCCAAAAUGGAACAGUGCACUUCUUGAGAUGUUCCAAAUAGACUACGUCGGGACUUCUCCGUACAUCACAUGUAACCCAUCUCUCUACCACUAUAAGCUCGGUCCAAAUGAUCGGUUCUUGCUACUAUCAUCCGACGGUCUCUACCAAUACUUCACCAAUGAAGAGGCCGUCGCACAAGUCGAGAUGUUCAUUGCAAUGACCCCUGAGGGUGACCCUGCUCAACAUCUUGUAGAGGAAGUCCUUUUUCGGGCAGCUAAUAAAGCAGGAAUGGACUUCCAUGAGUUGCUUGAGAUACCACAUGGAGAUCGGCGACGAUAUCACGAUGAUGUAUCGAUCAUUGUCAUCUCUUUGGAAGGAAGAAUAUGGAGAUCUUGUGUGUAAAUAAAGAUACAGAUGAGAUAUGGAGUUAUAGAGAUUCACAGAAAAGCCCUCGCCUUUUCCUGUUCUUUUUUUCCUCUCUACCAACCUGGUGCAGUUGUAAUAUAUACUAUACUGAUCAAGCUACAGAGUGGACUCCCCAACCACCUCCUGAACAGUUGAAGGAUCUGCCGAAAGAAGAGAAACUGCACGAGAUGUUCUCCGCUCCCGUGCUUUACAGUUUGGUGCAAGUUGCCACGACGCUAUCUGAUUUGAGCCAUUUGAAGUAAACUGUAAUGUGUUAUACAUGGUUAUGUCCAAAGAAUUCAGUAUUUUGUUGAUAAUCAGAAAGUAUGGCAAAUUGGUCCCCUUCUUUAGAUUUAACAUAUUUGUCCGAUUCUUUCCCUUUUUUCUUA